UUUGCUUCGAGAACAGAGCGCAUGCGCAAUUUGCAGAAAGCGAAAGACGACGGAGAAAGGAGCUCCGAGUAAUUACAUUAUACGUGAGAAACCCGAGGGGCACAGAGGCCGCUGGACGGGAUCCGCACGCGGGUCAGGCCGGGGACUCGGCUCCACACUCGCUUGCGGUGUCUGGGGCCUGGCGGCGGAGGAAAAAAAACCGGCGAGUCUGGAUCUCGAGCGUCAGGCUUAUAGCCGCCUACAGCCCUAGGACGCCGAAGAGCCCAGUGAGCAACGUCAUCAGGAUGGCGGGGGAAAACGACAACCCAAACUCCGGCUGUAGGAUCAUGACAUUCUAUCCUACGCCAGAGGAGUUCCGUGACUUUAAGCGGUACAUUGCGUAUAUUGAAUCCCAAGGGGCCCACCGUGCAGGCCUGGCCAAGGUGGUUCCUCCUAAGGGGUGGAAACCUCGGGUCUGCUACGAUGACCUUGAUGACCUGGUGAUUCCAGCGCCCAUUCAGCAAGUGGUCACUGGACAGUCCGGACUCUUCACUCAAUACAACAUCCAGAAGAAGCCGAUGACUGUCAAGGAAUUCAGGAGGAUUGCAAACAGCGACAAGUUCUGCACUCCCCGUUAUGCUGACUUUGAAGAUCUGGAGCGCAAAUAUUGGAAGAACUUGACCUUUAAUGCCCCCAUUUAUGGGGCAGAUGUGAACGGGUCCCUGUAUGACAAGAACGUGGAGGAGUGGAAUAUCGGCCACCUGAACACCAUAUUGGAUGUGGUGGAGAGAGAGGGCGGCAUCACCAUAGAAGGCGUCAACACUCCCUAUUUGUAUUUCGGCAUGUGGAAAACCUCAUUUGCUUGGCACACGGAGGACAUGGACCUGUACAGCAUCAAUUAUCUGCACUUCGGGGAACCCAAGUCAUGGUACACCAUUCCACCAGAACAUGGCAAACGCCUGGAGCGGCUCGCCAAAGGUUUCUUCCCUGGCAGUGCUCAGAGCUGCGAAGCCUUCCUCCGCCACAAGAUGACCGUCAUCUCUCCCUUCAUCCUCAAGAAGUACGGCAUCCCCUUCAAUAAGAUCACGCAGGAAGCCGGAGAGUUCAUGAUCACCUUCCCUUAUGGUUACCAUGCUGGCUUUAACCAUGGCUUCAACUGCGCCGAGUCAACAAAUUUUGCCACUUUGAGGUGGAUCGAGUAUGGAAAGCAGGCUGUUCUGUGUUCCUGCAGGAAGGACAUGGUGAAAAUCUCCAUGGACGUCUUUGUUCACAAGUUCCAACCUGAGCGAUAUAAACUGUGGCAGGCUGGAAAGGACGUCACUGUCAUCGACCACUCGCUGCCCACGCCAGAGGCGGCUGAGUUCACUGAUGAUCAACAAGCCGAUGCAGAUCAAAAGAAGAGCGUCAUCAAACAACGCAUAGGAACCAAGCGCCACCGGGUGUGUCUGGAGGUCCCAAAGGAGCUGAACCAGAGCGGAGAAUUUAAGGAUGAACUCUGUCCUGACCAGUGUGACCUAGAGACCCCCUGUGUAGAAGGGCCCAAAGUGGAAGACUGCCUGGAAGAUGAGACUGAAGCAGGGUCCUCUGGACAGCACUUUGAAACCUUAAAAAAUGUUGAAAGUUAUGCCAUCUCUAACCCCGGGAGCCCCUCCACCAGCGCUGAGAGCUUUUCAUCCUCCCAAGACAGCUCGGAUUCAUCGGAUACAGACUCUGAGGAUCCACAUGGAUCUUGCCACAAGAAGUCUCGCAGUAUACACGGCUAUGCCAAAGGGCAGAACAAAGCCACCAUGUGGAAGACGACCAGUGCUAUGGGCAGCUUUACAGAGCAUGAGCUGAAAGAGGUGGCAGAGAAUCAUAUGGACUCUCUUCAGGAGAGUUUCAAUUCCAAGAGCCGCCGGCAGCCCCUCUCCAAGCUCCCCCGUUACCACCCCUUGGUGAUGAAGGAUAGCGGCAGUGAGGACGAUCAGCCGGACCAGAUGCUUAUGGAUGAAGAAUUUGAAGAGACUGAGGCAUGGGCCAAACCCCUCACUCAGCUCUGGAGGAACAAACCCCCAAAUUUCCAGGUGGAGAGGGAAUACAAUCUAGCCAUGUCUCAGGUGUCUCCGCACUGCUCCAUCUGCAUGCUCUUCCGGACUUACUAUCAGUCUGACCGUGCCGAAACGAACAGGACUGAGACCCCUGUUGGAUUCCACCUGAAGACCAAGCCACUUAUCCCAGAGAUGUGCUUUACAAUCACUGGCAGCAAUUCUGAGAUCAACCUGUCUGCUCCAUUCCUGGAGGAUGAUGGGACCAGCCUGCUCAUAACCUGUAGAAGCUGCCACGUGUGCGUCCAUGCCAGUUGCUAUGGAGUGCCCAAAGAUAAAGCGGUAGAAGGCUGGGUCUGCUCCAGGUGUGAAGAAAACGCCAUGUCUGAGGAUUGCUGCCUCUGUUCUCUACGUGGUGGAGCCUUACAGAAGGCCAAUGAUAACCGGUGGGUGCAUGUGAUGUGUGCCGUGGCAGUGGCUGAAGCCAAAUUUGUGAACGUUGCAGAGAGGCGUCCUGUAGACAUCAGCAAAAUCCCCUUGAUGAGAUUCAGACUGAAAUGUGCUUUCUGUAAGAAGAGGAGAAAGCGGGUGGCCGGGUGCUGUGUCCAGUGCUCUCACGGUCGAUGUCCCACCUCAUUCCACGCCACCUGUGCCCAAGCUGCUGGAGUAAUGAUGCAGCCGGAUGAUUGGCCGUUUGUGGUGUAUAUAACCUGCUCCAGACACAAGCCAUCCCAAAAUGAGGGCAGUGAUUCGCGCCAAGACAUUGUAGUGGGGCAGCGCGUGAUCGGCAAACAUAAGAACGGCCGCUACUACCAAUGUGAGGUCAUCAACCUGACAAAGGAGACUUUUUAUGAGGUCAACUUUGACGACGGCUCCUUCAGUGACAAUCUGUAUCCAGAGGACAUUGUGAGCCGUGAUUGUCUUAAUCUGGGCCCACCCCCCGCCGGGGAGGUCGUGCAGGUGCGCUGGACGGAUGGACUUGUCUAUGGUGCUAAGUUUGUUGCAUCGCACACAAUUCAGAUGUAUCAGAUUGAAUUUGAAGAUGGAUCUCAUGUACCUGCAAAAAGAGAUGACGUGUAUACGCUCGACGAAGAAUUACCAAAGAAAGUAAAGACUCGUCUGUCGGUGGCAUCAGACAUGCGCUUUACAGAAAUCUUUGCAGAAAAGGAAGUGAAGCAGGAGGUGAAACGACAGAGGGUCAUCAACUCAAAGUAUCGGGAGGACUACAUUGAGCCGGCUCUGUACCAUGCCAUCAUGGAGUGAAGCUUCACGCCUCUGCUGCCCCCCUCCGCCAUACUGGAAUCGGGGCAGCACAACACUCUGGCCAAUCGUCUCCUUCACUUCGGACCUUGUCUUCUUUACUGUGACAUUUUUCACUUUGGAAUAAGGUUUAUCUUCGGAUCCUGUCUUCAUGCUUUGCAAGGGAUAAAGAAUGAAUGAACUCCUGGGUUCCCCCAGAUCUCCCUGUGUCUCCUGGAGCUGUCGGGGGCUCGUCGGGCCCUGCCCCCAGAAACAGUGUUACCUGUAGUCUCUAUUCUUGGAGAUGCAACCCCCUCUUCGUCCUUGCACCCCCUCCUUUUUCCUUUGGAGCCUAAACAUAGUAACAUUAAAUAUGAACGCCCUGACUGGCUUCAGCGUCUCCUGUCACAUGGUGUCCCUCUUCCUGAUUGAUCCUUUGUUGCUUUUGUUUUUGAUACGCUUUUGCAUUAGGAAUUCGGACUUGUUUUUGAUAUUUAAAGCAGGAGACUAUGGAUUAAAUAAACUGCAUUGAUGCUUCGUGCAAGGAGUUGGCGCUGUCUGAGGAGACGCAAUGGUCACAGAAGGGUUAAACGUCUGUCUACCUCUCAUCUCGCAGCUAAAUGUCUGUUC